AUGGGGGUUGCUCAAUAUGAAGCAAAGUUUACCGAGUUGUCUCGUUUUGCUCCUUGUCUUGUCUCUACUAAAACUUUAAGGGUUAAGAAGUUUCACAAAGGGUUGAAUUUCAAAAUCAGACAACGUUUGACUACUUCUCGAGUUGAGGACUACAAAAAUUUGGUUAUACUUGCUGAAGCUGUAGAAAAAGACAUUCAAGAAUGUACUAAAAUGAAAGCAAUAAUGGAACAAGAUAAAGACAAAACAGUGAAGUUUAACCAGCCCUGGAAAGGAAAAUCCUCCCUUAACUCCUCCAAGAAGAAUACCACUAAGUACUUGCCAAGAGCUGUAGAAAAAUGUGCCCAUUGUGGAAGGCCUCAUUUUGGGGAAUGCCGUGCUACCAACAAUACAUGUUUUCGUUGUGGCAAACCUGGUCGUUUUAUUAGGGAUUGUCCAAAUAAUUCUAACAAAGGGAACUCCACUGCUGGAAGUGGACAAAAGAGGCCAAUGGUCUAG